AUUAUUUAAUAUCUUUACCAUGGCUAACUUACCUCCUCAACAAUACUCCCCCCCUUCUAAUCUGCCAACCAACAACAGAGAACCAUCAACAUUUCAAUAACCAACCUUAGGAUAACCUCAGGUUGCUAAAUCUAAUCUGCCCAUCCAAUCCUUGCCUGAUACUGCCUUGCAAUAUUUGCCACAAUAGAUUGUCCAACAACCCUACUCUAGUUAACCAUUGCAACAACCACUCUAUGCUUAACUUUAACCUGGCAAGCUUGGCCCUUAAUAACCCAUCUUUGGCCAAUCUCAAAUCCAAUAAAUUGCCUAACCACCACAAGAAGGGAAUGUUGUAAAAGGCCAGUCCAGAAUAGAAUACAUCCCAUAUGAACGAACCAUCACAGAAUACGAAGAAGUAAGAAGAUAAGUCCAAGUUCCGAUUACUAAAUAAGUCACCGAUUACUACGCUGUAUAAUAUGAUAUCGAAUACAUCCCUCAAGUGAUUCAAGAGAAACAGAUUGAGUAUGUGCCAGUUGAGAGAGUUGCAGAAAGGACUGAAUAUUAUAUAGUCGAAAAGCAAAAUGUCAUAUAAUAAGUAAAUUCAAUGAUGUAUUUUCAUAGCCAAUCGGAUAUUAAUCCCAAAUACAAACUAAUUAUAUACCUGAACAAUUUUAGUACAAUCAAGUAAUUGAACGACAACCUGCACUUGCUUAUCAGCCAUACUAAUAGCCAACCCAAAUCUAAACAAGAGAAGUCACCCAAUAUCCAGUUACUCAAUAAUAACAAUACAUCUAAUAACUUCCAAUCCAAUAAUCAGUCCCCUUAAAAUAACCAGCUCCCUAGGCAUAAUAUCUACCAACUCAAUACUAACAGUAUGCUAGUCCCAUUGGAAUUCAAUAACCCUAAUAUUAGAUAUAAUAAGUAAUACUAUUAACAAAUCUUAUUAUAGACUGUCCCAUUAAAUUAUGGAUAAUAAUUUUAGGCAAGCUAAAUUUAACCAGUUGCUAAGUAGCCAAUUGCAACAGCAACUGUGCCAUAAGGAUAUUAAAUUCCAACUCAAACUGUUCCCUAGCAAAACCAAAACUCAAUCUAUGGUUAAUAACCCAUAAAUUAAUAAGUUGAAUAAUAGCCUGCAUUCUAAAGUAAGCCUCCAUAAUCGCAAUUGGCCUAAACUGCUUAAUACAACCCAUAAUUACAAUAGACCGUAGGUCCUAAUCAAGUAAAUAUUAAUCUCAUACAUGUAGUUUGCAUAGUCUGUUCCUUAAUAGUAAUCACUUCAAUAGGAUCUUGGAAGAACAAGGCCAUAUUAAUAAUAAUAAUAGCCAUAACAAUAACAAUAACAAAUACCAUAAUAAUAAUAACAAGGAGUUCCGUAAAAGCCUAACAAAGAAAAAUCAUUUUUAGAAAAAUUAUUCGAUUGAUUAUAUAUUUCC